AUGGCGGCUGCAGACAAGAAAGCUGACCCUAUGUCUUGUCAGGUGGUAUUGGCCGGCGCAGUAGCGAAAGAUCUAUUGACCGAGGUGUCAGAAGGGCUUUCGAAACUGGGAAAGAGUCCAUUACUCGUGGGAUUUCUUGCAAACACAGAUCCAGCUGCUCGCAAAUACGCCGAUUGGACUGACCGCACCUGUCGAGAAAACGGCUUCAAAUUUGAAGUUCGAGAAGUUGAUCGAGAAGACCUCGAAGCCAAUGUUCUAGCAGCAAACGAAGAUGAUGGCGUAGAUGGCAUCAUUGUGUACUAUCCCAUCUUUGGCAAUCGUCAAGACCAGUACCUCCAGCAAGUCACAGACGUUAGCAAAGACGUCGAGGGCCUCAGCCAUCGCUAUAUUUUUAAGCUGUACCACAACGAGCGUUUUCUUGAUAAGAACAUGAGUCAGAAGAGUUUGUUGCCAUGCACGCCACUCGCCGUGCUAAAAAUUCUGGACUUUCUGAGGGUCUACAACAGCAUCCUACCAUACGGGAAUAGGCUAUUUGGUAGAUCAAUUACUGUCGUCAACAGGAGUGAGACCGUUGGGCGACCAUUGGCUGCCUUGCUGGCCAACGAUGGAGCUUGUGUGUACAGCGUGGAUGUCACAGGGGUACAACAAUUCACACGAGGUGAAGGAAUCAGGAAAAGCAGGCACGAAGUGGUGGAAAAGGAAGGAUGGGGGUUAGAGACUUGCGUGCCUCUCAGCGAUGUAGUCAUCUGCGGCGUACCCGGAGAUUCCUUCAAGCUUCCAACCAAACUACUCAGAGAGGGAGCUGUGUGCAUCAAUUUCUCGACUGAAAAGAAUUUUGAAGGCGAUGUCAAAGACAAAGCCUCCAUCUAUGUCCCGGCAAUCGGAAAAGUCACAAUCGUGAUGCUGCUUCGGAAUUUACUACGACUCGUCCAAAACAGAGAGGUAAGGAUGGACAGCAAGGAACAAGCAUUGAAGACAAUCCUGUCUCAAAGAGUUUGA